ACAACAAUUUUGUUCUUCUGUGGUAUUUAACUGCAAACACUUUACAGGAAGUCAUUGCAGAGGCUAGCUUCUUUUAUCUCUGUUUUCUCGGUUUGCCUCUUUAUGUACUUGUUCUUGCUUUGCUGAUGUUUGGCCUGAAUAAAGAUUCUUGCAAUUGUUAAGGAUAAAGAUGAUUCCUGAAUAAACUUUUUCUGAGAAUUUCAUAAGUACCAACUUUCCCUGCUUACUUUUACCAUCAUCAAAACACCAAAGCUGCCUUGAACCAGGAACACAGACAGUUGGAAGUACAAUAAUUUCUUCCAUGAAUUCUAUUCUAUUGCCUUUAUCUCUUGUUUUUCAGUUUCCUUCCUUCCAUUUUUCACCUCGUCAUCGGUUACAAGCUCAAUAUACUUCCACUAGUUGUGUUGGUCAUCGUGUUCAUUUCAUUUCUUCUUUUUCUCACUUGUUCCCAUCCAAUUCACGUUAUUCCUUGCACACUCACCAGUCGUCAAUUGGCGCUACAGUUCCUUCAAAUGAUGAGGGACCUGUAUCUGUAAUCCACUUUGAAGAUUUUAUUGAAAAAGACUGGUCAUUUCUUGAUUUUGAGGACUUAAAUUCCAAAGAGCAUAAACAAAAAGUUGGCCAGAUAAUUUCUGCAGGAGAGAUUGAAGAGACUUCAAGGAUUUUGGUCUCAAUUGGCUCAGAAGAAUUUGUGGAUCAGCUGGUUGAUACAUCACCCAAAAGUCAUUUGUUUGUUGUCCAUGAUUCACUUUUUCUAUUAGCUAUGAUCAAAGAAAAAUAUGACAAAGUUAAAUGUUGGCAAGGGGAGCUGAUCCAUGUGCCAGAAAAGUGGGCUCCUUUGGAUGUUGUAUUUCUCUAUUUUCUGCCAGUCUUGCCCUUUAAACUUGACCAGGUCUUUGGGACACUCGCGCAGCGUUGCUCACAAGGUGCGAGAGUGAUCGUUAGCCAUCUGCAGGGAAGGGAAGUGUUAGAGAAACAACGGAAACAAUACCAAGAUGUUAUAGUUUCUGAGUUGCCUGAUAAGAUGACCUUGCAGAAUGUUGCAGCUAAUAAUUCUUUUCAGGUGACUGAAUAUGUAGAUGAGCCAGGAUUGUAUCUUGCUGUUUUACGAUUUUCUGGGGCAAGAAACUGAUUUUUUUAUUUUAUUUUUUAUUAAACGUUUCUGUGCAGCAGAGAGCUUGGUGAACACUAAAUGUGAAUCAAAUUUGUAAAAUGUUGAAUGUUCGGUUGAACUGUAUUGUUCAAGUCUACAUAUUAUUUAAUCUUGGAGAGAUUAGUUCUAAUUA